UUCCUAAAAGUGACCUUUGACCCCGACACCGGCCUCCUGAGCAGCCUCAGCAACCUGGAGACUAAACAGACCAUCAAACUGACUCAGAAUUUCUACUGGUACAACGCCAGUGACGGUAACAACCUGCUGAGUAUCCAGCCGUCAGGCGCCUACAUCUUCAGACCCAACUCCUCCACACCUUUCAUCAUCAGCAAGACGGCCAAAACGGAGAGCUUUCAGACUUCUGUGGUGCAGGAAGUGAGGCAGUGGUUUGCUCCCUGGGUGUCUCAGGUGGUUCGUCUGUACAGUGACAGCAGAGCUCUGGAGCUGGAGUGGACCGUCGGACCGCUGCCCAUCGAUGAUGACCUUGGGAAGGAGGUGAUCACUCGUCUGGACACGAGCAUCAAAACAGCUGAAUAUUUCUACACUGAUUCCAACGGCAGAGAGGUGCUGCAGAGGAAGAAAGAUUUCCGACCCACUUGGAAACUCAGGCAGUCAGAGCCCAUCGCUGGAAACUACUAUCCUAUCAACUCCCGCGCUUUCAUCAAGGAUGAUGAGGACCAACUCACUGUGGUGACGGAUCGCUCUCAAGGAGGAGGCAGCAUCCACAACGGCUCUCUGGAGAUCAUGCUCCACCGCCGGCUGCUGUACGAUGAUGUUCGCGGCGUUGCCGAACCUCUCAACGAGUCCUCUGACAUCUUCCCAGAGGGGCUGGUGGUCCGAGGCCGCCUCCUGCUCUCCCUCGAGCGCCCGCCCAGCGCUGCUGACGCACACCGCCCUCUGGCCCAGGAGGUGGUACUGCAGCCGCUGCUGACGUUCACUGAUGGAGAUCUGCAGCCAAACACUCGUCUAGAGUUCUCUGGGCUGCAGGCUGCGCUGCCCCCUGCUGUCCACCUGCUCACACUGACACAAUGGGACAAAGACUCUGUGCUGCUCAGACUGGAGCAUCAGUUCCAGAGCUGGGAGAGCAAAGUGAACUCUCAGCCCGUCACUGUCAACCUGCAGAAGCUGUUCUCCACUCUGGAGGUGCUGGGCGUGUCUGAACUGAACCUGUCAGCCAAUCAGUGGAAAGAUGAGAUGACACGUUUUCACUGGACACCACAAACAGGUAGAGUCACCUGUCGUUAA